GUCCAGCGCAUCUUUUAGUCUGCGAUCGUUUCUUAAAUCGGAGACAGUGGCUCAGUUGUUAUUCAAGGAUUUGAAGAUUUCAAGUGGUCAUAAAAUAAGAAUAGUGAACCGAAAAUAGUUAGUGAAGUGAAAGGAUUGUGGUGUUGAGGCUUUGUUCUCAGGCGUGGAAAACUGUUGAAAAUGGUUAAGCAACAGAUAAAACGCCAAAACUCGGGGCUUCAUAUGGAAGCAGUAACUCGUUUUGGCAACAUCCCUAUCAUUGAGACAGGAUUUAAAGCAGCUGAAGAUGCGUACACUCGAAUAAAAUCAAGCAAUCGUCUUUUUAAUUGGUAUCUGGAUACAGCGGAAGCAGCGUUGCUCGCGACCGUGGAAUCCUUUUUACCAGCUAUUCGUCUGUUUGAAGGACCAUUGCGACGUAUUGACAAGAUAAUGUGCAAGAGCUUGGAUCUUGUGGAGCAACGUGUUCCAGCGGUCUACUUGCCACCCCAAAUGAUGUAUUGGAAUACAAAGGAGUACAUGUCAGAUCGCUUGGUAAAGCCUGUACUAAAGCGUGCAGACUCAGUGAAACAACUGGGAUCCGCUGUCCUAGAGUUACCAAUAACGGAGUUUGCUGCAGAUCGCAUUGAUGGCGCAAUUACCGUUGCAGAUAAAUACGUUGAUAAAUACCUUCCAGUCGAAGGAAACGCAGAUCAAGUAGAUGGAAAUUUGGGAUCGGAACCUAAUGAGAAGGAUAAAGCUGCAAUUAAAGCUAUUUAUCACGGAACGCGAUUCUCACGAAAAUUGAAACGGCGUCUCACUGCUCGAACUAUCUUGGAAGCACGAGCUUUGAAGAAGCAAGGAAAGGAAGCCAUCCAUGUCUUGUUAUAUGCUGCGGAAUUGAUUGUAAAGGAUCCAAAACAGGCUCUACAAAAGGCACGCGAACUAUGGGCGUAUCUAAGCGCAGAUGAACCGGAAAAUCAAGCACGACCCCAAACUCUUGAGCAACUGUUAGUCCUUUUGACUAGAGAAUCGGCAAGACGAGUUGUACACCUUCUAAAUUAUACAACAGCAGUUGCGGCAAGCAUCCCCAGGACAGUGAACAAUACCACGAACGAGCUAAUUCACCAGGCAAUCUACGUCUCCGAUGUUUUGAUAAAGAUGGCGCAUCUGGAAAAGGCUAAAGUAUGGACCGCUGAGGAAAUUCGACUAGUUGCUGCUUAUAUCACGAGGGCCUUCAAUGAAAUGCAAGUUUACGGAAACAAUACUUUGGAACGAUUGGUUGUAUUUCUUUCGGGACGCAUUGAAGCCGAAAAAAUUACAACAAAUUCUUCACGACGACGAAUUCACGCAAGGACAAAUAACAACCCCAUGCAGAACAAUUUAAAUGGAGUUUAUUGAAAAUUCGAAUUAGCCUUUGUGUCAUCUUCUGCUGGUUUAUAUUCGAAAUUUAUAUUUGUCUGCACAUAUGACAAUUUGUUAUAAGACUAAGCUACCUACUUUAGAUAUUGAAUUUCAUAGGCAAUGGAAUGCAGUUUGCUAAGUUUAAUAUUACAUAAUGAGGAAGUAAGGACUUAUUUUUUACAAGGAGACAUGCAUGUUUGCUAUGAUAUUUGAGGAUUAUUUUUUAUGAUAUUGUAUUAAUAAUAAAAGUUUUGAAAAACUUAAA